AGAAUAGAGAGAGAGAGAUAGAGAGAUAGAGAGUCUGACUGACACAGAGUGAAACGAGAGGAGCGGGAAAGAGGAGGAGAACCUUACAUAGAACCUUACAUAGAACACAUAUGGUUGACGGUUCUAGCGCCUGACAGUCAGGUCUCAGACCAGCAGCGGACAUUCAGCGGAAGGAAAAGUUCAGAUCCAACAACCAGCAGCACCGUGACUGACGGAGACCAGCUCCACUGUCUGUGGACAUGGCAGGACCUGGAGGUGACAUGCAGUGGUGCUUCUCUCAGGUGAAAGGAGCCAUCGAUGAUGACGUAGCUGAAGCGGACAUCAUAUCCACAGUCGAGUUUAACCACACAGGAGAGCUGCUAGCCACAGGAGACAAGGGUGGCCGUGUAGUCAUAUUCCAGCAGGAAAUAGAGAAUAAGAAUCAGCCUCAGUUCCGGAGCGAAUACAACGUUUACAGCACUUUCCAGAGCCAUGAGCCUGAGUUUGAUUACUUGAAGAGUUUGGAAAUAGAAGAGAAGAUCAACAAGAUUCGUUGGCUUCCUCAGAAGAAUGCUGCUCAGUUCCUGUUGUCAACUAACGAUAAGACAAUCAAGCUGUGGAAAAUCAGUGAACGAGACAAGAGACCAGAGGGCUAUAAUCUCAAGGAGGAGGAUGGACGCUACAAAGACCCCAACACCAUCACAGGACUGCGGGUACCAGUUUUAAUACCCAUGGACCUCAUGGUGGAGGCCAGUCCACGGAGGGUGUUCGCCAACGCUCACACCUACCAUAUCAACUCAAUCUCCGUCAACAGUGACGAUGAGACCUACCUGUCUGCAGACGACCUCCGCAUCAACCUCUGGCACCUGGAGAUCACCGACCGCAGCUUCAACAUUGUUGACAUUAAACCAGCCAACAUGGAAGAGCUGACGGAGGUGAUCACAGCAGCAGAGUUCCACCCUCUUCACUGCAACACCUUCGUCUACAGCAGCAGCAAAGGAACCAUCCGCCUGUGUGACAUGAGGGCGUCGGCGCUGUGCGACAAGCACUCCAAAUUAUUUGAGGAGCCUGAAGAUCCCAGCAAUCGUUCCUUCUUCUCUGAGAUCAUAUCCUCAAUCUCAGAUGUGAAGUUCAGCCACAACGGACGCUAUAUGAUGACCAGAGACUACUUGUCCGUUAAAAUUUGGGAUCUGAACAUGGAGAACAGGCCGGUGGAGACCUAUCAGGUCCAUGAGUACCUGAGGAGCAAGCUGUGCUCGCUGUAUGAGAAUGACUGCAUCUUUGACAAGUUUGAAUGCUGCUGGAAUGGAAAUGACAGUGUGGUGAUGACCGGCUCGUACAACAACUUCUUCCGGAUGUUCGACCGCGGCCAGCGGCGGGACGUAACCUUGGAGGCCUCCCGAGAAAACAGCAAGCCCAUGCAGGUCCUGAAGCCUCGCAAAGUGUGCGCGGGCGGCAAGCGCAAGAAGGACGAAAUCAGCGUGGACAGUUUGGACUUCAACAAGAAGAUCCUUCACACUGCCUGGCAUCCCCAGGACAACAUCAUCGCCGUGGCGACGACCAACAACCUCUACAUAUUCCAGGAUAAGGUGAACUAGAAGUGCGGUGAGCUUAACGUGAGAUCUGGCGCGGGUGACGUCAUGUGUGCCCCCCCCUCCCUUGCAGCCUCAUCCAGGGUGAUCUGCGGUAACGCCGACAACCAGCGCCCCCUGUCCGUCGCAACUGGGUGACCAGACUUUGCCACUUUGUUCUAGAUGUGGACAGAGGAAGCCUCGCUCUUGCCCAUCUUCAGCCUGUUCGUGGCAGAGUAACGCCUGCCUUGUUGUUUAAGUGAUGUUGUGCCAAUUCCUCCCCUGUCCCCCCCCCUUUGGUAUGGCUUUUUUUUUUUUUUUGGGCCAGCCCACCUGCCCUUUUCUUCCCCUGGGGUAACAUGGGUAAACAAGUUUAAUUUCCUUAAAAUUCUGAAUACAGACACGUUUAUUUUUAUAACUUUCCCCCAAUGACCCUGUGAUAGAAAAAUGAAAAACACUUAAUUAGUAUGUCCCCUUUUUGUCCUGUGCCAUUGUAGUGUUUAUUUUUCUAAGAAAAAAAAAUGCCACUUUUUGUUUUUUGUUUUGUACACACUUUUUUUUAUUAAUUCAUCUGUUGUACUGUCAUAGUAUUCUUUAAUUCUCUUCACAUGUCUCCCCUCACUCAUUAAACCAUGCGUACUCAACAGUCACAAAUGAAUGCACGCAGUUUCCCUCACUCACUUGCCGCUCACACAUACAGGACAGCAGCACCUCAACGGUUGCCUACAGGAGUUUGAGAAGCACAGUGUGUUUUUACCAGAUUGAAAGCCCGGCCCAGUGAGGAGUUGUCCCCGCUCACUGCUGCUGUGCCUCAGACUCUGGGGUGGUCAAAUUGGUCCAGACUUCAGAAUAGAUUAUUAUUAUUUUUUUUAUUGGCUCUAUGCCUUGUCAUCUUUCGUUCCUCUUCCUCCUUCUGUUUGUGUUCGACAAUAGUCAGGUAUAAAAGAUAGCCUAUUCAAAGAUAAUUAUUAUAAUUGUCAUAUUUAUAUUAAAGAAAAAAAAGUAAAAAUGUCACCAGAUUUGUUCCGUCCCAUUUUUGUGAAAUGAAACUGGACCUUAACACGUGUUUUUGAGUGAUCUUGAGUAUUGUCUUCCCAUGGUGCACCACAUCUCCGAAGCAGUACUUCACAACAGGGAAAAAAACUUUUUUGAUUUGACACUGGACUCUUGCUGCACCAACUUAAGUACUUGGAUGUGUUGUAAGUUUAAAAGAAAACAUUUGAGGCAUUAAGUCACUUAAUGUGUUUGUUUAAACUACUGCAGACAUUAUUACUGCUACUUUAUGUGCUGGUACAAUAAGCUGCACAAGGAUUUGCAGCAGUUGAUGUCUCCACACGUAUUUAAAAUGUGGACAGGUCGGACUAUGUUGAUGACUAGUAAUGUAUAACUACAAUUUUAAUCUAUGACAGUGAAGAUAAUAAAGGAAAUACUU